AUGGAUGCCAAUACGGAUGACAUUCACCGUUCUAUCCAACGAUUGGGGACAUUUUUGUUUCAAGAGAAUAUAUCCAAAGAGACUGAACCUCAUCCAUUGUUUAUUCUUCGUGAUCAAUUACAAGAACUUGAUGAUACAUUUCAUCUGACCACACUCGAUAAGCAACACAAGCUCGUCUCGGAUCUGAAUCGUCUGAAAAUCGAGUAUUUUAUCCACUUACUUCAACAGUACUCUGCCACAAUCCCAUACUCUCUUGUCAAAGCAUUGCUCGAUACUAUUCGCUUUCAAGUUAACAUGAGUAUGAAUGUCAAUCCACUAUUGACUGAUCACUAUUUCCACUUCUCUACCAUUUAUUUAACAACGAAUUCAAACACCAACUAUCUCGAAGGCAAAACUGCAAAUCAUAUCAACGAGCUAUUCUUAAAUUUCUUCGCGUCCAUCGGUUCACGUGCUGUACAUAUCAAAACGAAUACAUCUUACUCAAUUUGCGUAUCACAUACAAACAUUUCCAACUUUUUCGAACUCAAUGUCUCGACUGAAUCUCUUCUCCAAGCAAUCGUUACCUAUCUGAAUAAUUAUAUUUUUCACAAUCACCAACAAUCGGAAUGUCAUACAUCGAUACUGAAAUGGCUGUUAAAUCUGACUAAUAUCUACGGAUUCGUGCCAUAUUUCGUCAAAAUGGAAUAUCCAAACGCAGUCUUACAAUGGAUGGCGCUGAGUAACGAUCAAGGAGAACACAUCUCUCUCAAUCACUGGUUUUUAAUUCUUAAUUUAUUACAUAAUUUAGCUCGUCAUCGUAUGGGUGUGAAAACAUUGAAUAAACUGAAAGCGAUAGAUAUUAUCAAACAAUGGAAAGAUCAGUAUAUGUCGAGAUUACUAUCGAUUGGAAAUGAUGAAAACGAUAAAGACAUUCUAAUCGCAUAUCAUCUUGUCUAUGCAAUUUUAUUAGAACCAAAAGAACUGAAGAAAGAAGAGAUAUCAAAUAUCCAAACUGUUCUUGACUAUAUUCUCGAACGAACAGUUCAAGCAUUCAAGUCACCGGAUUUGUGCUUCGGUUCUUAUAACAUCUGUGAGUAUUUAAAUGGUUUAACGAAGUUUGUUGUCAAUGACAAGUUUCUUCUAUAUAUAAUCUCUCGCGAGAAGAUUUUUGAUCUUUUAAUGGAUAAAUUUCUGCUGUUUAAUGUUAAUUAUCAAUCAACGGAUCUAAAUACGAUUAUUUGUUCGUCAUUAUACACGAUUUUCUGGUCGAUUAGCUUUCAAAGUGAAUAUCAUUCGAAAUUGAAAUCGAUGGAGGAAUUUAUCGCGCAUGUGGAACAAAUUUCAAAGCUGGAAUCCAAUGAUGAACAUGCUAUCAUGAUGAAACGUGCCGCCAAAGGAAUUCUCUAUAAUCUCGAUCUUAUUCAAAUGGAUAUUCAACCGAUCGAAGAGUCAAUCAAUGAAAGUCAGGUGAAAAUUAUGAUUUCCUAUGCACAUAAAGAUAUAACAUUCUGUGAAAAACUUUUCAACCAGCUUACAGAACAAUUUGAUGGUGAUAUUUGGGUUGAUUUCAAACGUUUAUCUUUGCCGUAUGAAGACGAUUGGGAGGAAAUCGCUAUUGCCAUUACUCAAUGUGACGUCGUAUUAAUGAUUGUAACAGAAAACUAUUGUAGUUCGAAAAGUUGUCGCCGUGAAGUGAUCCAUGCGGAUAAACGUAACAAACGUAUGAUACCGAUCUAUCAAGGCAAAGAUUAUAAGCCAGAUGAUUGGUUUGAGAUACGUGUUGGUUCAGCUGUACGAGUACGGUUUGGAGACAAGAAAAGUGAUGAAGAAGUCAUGAAUAAUUUGCUGAAACUUAUCUACGCACAAGAUAAAGUCAAACAAAGUAACCAAGAGAACGAUUCUUCUCGCGAACGACAAAUUGAGACUACUGCGAACACCGAAAAACAGACAAUACUUAAAUCAUUAUCAUCCCAUCAUCUCAAUUCAAUGAAUGCGCCAAUAUUAUCACCCAUUUUGCCUCCUACUCCAGUUGAACAAUGGACAUCGGAUGAAAUCAAGUGUUGGUUUCAACUUAAUCUAUUAUCCGAUGUUUUAUUCAAUACUCUGAACUUCACUGAUGGUUGUCAGCUGCUUAAUUAUGCACAGCUGCUGAUCGGAUCAUCAUUGUAUACGCAUGAUGAAUACGACAGUUUACGAAAUCGAAUUGGAAAAGAUGUGUUUUAUCUCGAUGAAUAUGCUCGGUUUUUGAGUGGCUUAAAUAAACUGAUUCAAUCUUUACCAGUUAAAAAGCGAACUAAUUUUUGCAUCAUUAUGUAA